UGCCUGGACGCUCAGCACAUCCUGCACGAUAAAUGCCUCCAAUUGCUCAUUCUAUUAUUCUCCUUCUCUUCAACACCACAAUUUCAUCGCCAAUUUUCUCCAUCCAAUGGCCAAUACACUCCCUCCCGAAAUUCUCACCAAGGUGUUUGAAAAUAUUAGCCCUGGCGACAAUCAGAGAUCUGCCGUUCAUUCUUGUCUUCUCGUCAACAAAGAAUGGCACGAUGUUGCUCUUCGCUUGCUCUACAAGGACCUCGUGUUCUUUGUCGGCCCUAGACUGGAUCUCUUCAUAGCAUGCCAUGAUCAAUGGGCCGUUUCUUUAACACGCUCUUUGACUCUCUACAUAAAUCGCCCGCCCGAAACACCAGGUGGUUUUCACAACGACACUCACGAUUCAUUCCUUCAACUGGCGGUGGAUGUGAUGCCGCACAUGAACAAUCUCAGGUCCUUCUCUCUGGCACGUCAUCACCGAGACCCGUUCUGUUUCAUCCAGGUGCCGAUCAUUUCGUCCCUUUUGAGGAGAAUUCCACCAAGUUGUAACAGUCUAGAGCUUGCGUUGGGUACAUCGGACAACAUUAAUUACGAUCUCAACGGACCUAAACCUCAUCUUUGCGAGGAUCUGCGGCCUUUGCUGCCGCGAAUGCAGCAUGUUCAUAUCGAUAUGAGCUGUUUGUGCGAUGCAUUGUUUGGAACCUGGGACUCGGAUGGUUGCUUUCAUCCCAUCGCACUGCCGAAUAUACAGCGUCUGCACGUUGAUUGCGUGGGCAUGCAGCACAAGACGCCGUGUCCAGAGAGACAUCAAGAUGAGGCGUCUGUCUGGAAGUCGAUCAUCCCAGCGCUGCAGCGGGCAGUUGAGCUGCCAGAUACCGCUGAUGCAGACAUUACUGUUCUGGGAUCGGUGGCGCCGAUGGGCUCCUACAAGCGAAACAUUUACACAACAUUACUGCGCUGUCAUAUAAAAAAAGGUCGGACUACGACUUGGGCUUUUCCCACAACUAAAUAUGAAGUUGAGGGAGCAUCGCAGGGUCGGUUUUGGAAGUUAUCGCUCGUUUAUAUGCGUCUAAAUGACGAGGCGUACAUGACUGAGAAGAAGUGGAUUUACCUGUUGGCUUCCGGACGGCCAUGGAGGAUGACGAGCACCGACGUAAGGCUGCCUGCAUCUUGGGGCAGUAGUGCAGAAUGGGUGACUGACGAGAAGCUCAAGAUCAAGACCUGGGAACAGUGGGCGAAGACGAAGAUAGGGGAAGGGCCUAUGUUGCUGAAGAAUGAGGAGCUUGCGGGGAUGAGGCUUAUCGAUGCAGAGGAACGUGAGGGCUAUGAAGAGGUUUGUCUGGUGGAAAAGACGCCGGCUGGGUUUACCAGACCAAGUCGCUAUUAUAAAAGCCAGCUUGUCAGGGCAAAGGAAUAGUAAUUAUCUACUAAAUGCCUAGGAGAGGAAAGAAGAUUAGAAACUUGAUCCUAAAUAAUAAAGAGACUUAGGUAACUGAACCUGAGUUUAGGAUACCUUUUUCUGGGUUCAGAAUAUCGUUUGCGGAG